UAGUUACAGAAUAUCUCUUCUCACAAUCAAAAUUUUUGUUUCUAAAAAUUUGUGAUCCAUUUUAUUUUGAAAGAAUUUAUUUGAAUUUGUAAACAUGGAUGUAGAUAUGAAGGAUGGCGAAGCACCGCAAGCUGAAACCGAGGACGAAAUAGUUGAUCGUCUUUUAAAAUCUUUGGAGACAAUUCCAAAAGGAAGUAAUAAGCAAAUCAUUUUAAAGUUAGCAAAAAAGGAAAAUUUGCCCCCUCGUGUCGUAGCUAGAGCACUUAUGCCUAAGCGUUACCUCUCUCGCAAAGUUAAAGAAGAUGACAGUGAUAAUGAAGAAAAGGUAGUACCAAUGGAACAAGACUGCGAGGGAGAUGUUUUAGCGCAAAGUGGUGGGCAGGAUGAGGUACAGAAUGGUGCCCCUAACCCACCUUACACUUUUUAAUACACAUAAAUAAGUGCUGAGGUAAAAACACUAUAUAACAAUAGAACUGUUUUGCCAAGCGUAAAUGUAAAGUUAGUCAGUUCUCUUAAUAACGUGCUCAAAUCAUUUUUACCUCAGCAUUAUAAAACUAAUUAUACGGAAGAGCACG